GUCUGUCCGGCGCCGCUACGCAAAUACGGUUGUCGCGCGCGACCUUCAACGUUUUCCGUCCGUUAAAACUCACGGGUUUGAAACGUUCGUCUUUUCGCCGAUACGAUUGAAUUUCGAAACAAGAAACUUAUCUCCAAAGAUUCCUUCCCACUUCUAAUCGCUGGCGGGCGGUCCGCCGUGUUUUCAUCACCACGUACGCGAACGAGAGAGCGCUGCGGUUGGUGACGCCCCCAUAGGAUGAUGGACGUGCGCUCUGGUCAAUCACAGGCCUGGAAACCACUCGGAGGCCUUCUGGUCCUCCAACCAAUCAGAGCACACGGUGCCCUUUGUCCGAUUGUUACAUCCCUCUGCCUGUAAAUUAAAUGCCUCUUGUGUUUCUCUUCAUUCCGCCUGAUGAAGGAGCAGCGCUAUGAAAGCUUCUGGUUUCAAAUAACUCCGUUAGACUCCAACCGUGGGACUUCUGAACUUGUGACUGCGAAGUUCGUUUCACACAGUAUGUAUGAGAAGGUGAAGUUUGAUAUUUGGAACUCGAACUGAAAUGUCACAGCAGGAUCUGCCCUGAAUAGCUUAGAAUAUCUAAGCAUGGAAGAGAAAAAUGUCACAUACAAGCAGAAUCACACUGGGGAAAAACCAUGGAAGUGUGGGCAUUGUGAGGAGAGUUUCCAUUAUCCUUCUGAGUUGGAAAUUCAUCGACGCAGUCACACUGGGGAGAGGCCAUUCUCCUGCUCCAUAUGUGCAAAGGGAUUCACUCAGUCAUCCCACCUGCUGACCCACCAACAAGUUCACACUAAGGACAGACCUUUUAAAUGCUCAGACUGUGGGAAGUGCUAUAAAAGUUCCAGCGAACUGAUGCGCCAUCAACGCAUUCACACCGACAAGAGACCCUUUCAAUGCCCAGACUGUGAGAAGUGCUUUAAAAGUUCGAGAGAACUGAUGUCCCAUCAACUUGUCCACACUGACAACAGACCUCUUAAAUGCCUGGACUGUGGGAGAAGCUAUAAAAGUUCCAGGGAACUGAUGCGCCAUCAACGUGUUCACACUGAUGAGAGACCUUUCAGGUGCUCUCACUGCGGGACUGGGUUCAGGCACUCCUCUCACCUCGCUGUACACCAACGCACUCAUACCGGGGAGAGACCGUUCACUUGCUCUGAAUGUGGAAAGGGGUUCACUCGGUCAUCCAACCUGCUUACACAUCAGCGUGUUCACACUGGGAAGAGACCUUUCAAAUGCCCAGACUGUGAGAAAUGCUAUACAAGUUCCAGUGGUCUGAUGUCCCAUCAACGUGCGCACACUAACAAGAGACCUUUUAAAUGUCCAAACUGUGGGAAGUGUUUUAAAAGCUCUGGGGACCUUCUGUAUCAUCAACGUGUUCACACUGACGAGAGACCAUUCAGGUGCUCUCACUGUGGGACUGGGUUCAGGCAAUCAUCUCAACUCACUGCACACCAGCGAAUCCACACUGGGGAGAGGCCGUUCAUCUGCAUUGUGUGUGGGAGGAGAUUUACUCAGUCAUCCAACCUGCUAAGACACCAGCGACUCCACAAGUGACUAAAGUGAAUGAAUCUUGCUGUUCAUCGCAUUCAGGACUGAACAGUAUUCAUUUAGGUCUGUUGUUGCUGAUGAUGAUAAAUGCCAGGCUGGUAAUACUGAUAUUCUGCGU